UCAUGCAAAAAAUAAUAAUAAUAAUAAUAAAAGACUACAGUGUAAAACAAGACGGAGAAGCCCACAUGGGAAGAGCAAGGUUGGUGAAGUCUAGAUCUGAGACUGCCUGAGAGUAUCUAGCAAACGAUGGUUAUCCAAACAACUAUAUAAAAAAAGCAUGGAGGUUGGUGAAGUCUGAGACUGCCUGAGAGUAUCUAGCAAACGAUGGUUAUCCAAACAACUAUAUAAAAAAAGCAUGGAGGUUGGUGAAGUCUGAGACUGCCUGAGAGUAUCUAGCAAACGAUGGUUAUCCAAACAACUAUAUAAAAAAAGCAUGGCUUUGGCUUUAUGGCUAUUUCGGAGUAGACGAGCUUCACCUCCAACUCCAAAAUCCAAAUAUUGCAACCAUGUUUGCCCUGUUCAUGUUGUUUACUACUAUCAUCGCACCACUAAUUCCAACCCUCUCUUCACAACCACUACCACUAGAUCCAACCCUCUCUUCAGAACCACCACCACCCUUCUCCACAUUUCCCUCCCUUACUCCGCGUCGAACACCGCCAGCGCCAGCAUUUGAUCUUCCUCCAAUCCCACCUUUCACUCCAUCACCACCAAAUGACAACAUAUUGCCUUCACCAAGUCAAGAACAAUCAAUACCACUGUCGGUCGUGCUGGAGAUUACCUUCGGUCUAACAAUAUCAAUCACCUUAACCGUCACAGUGACACUUGCCAUUACCCGGGGAAAAGGGGACAAGGGGGAGCCAGGGAAGACAGGGAAGGAAGGGCCGAAAGGGGAGAAAGGGUUGCCAUGCAUACCAGGGUCGCCAUGCCGGCCAGGGUGUCCACCGCCGCCAAAAAAGUGUGACCAUGAUGAUUGGUAUUGCUAACUGACAAGCAUGUGCGAAUAUUGUGGAAUCAACUAUCAUCUAAUAGCAAAGAUUGAUGUCAAAGUUUUGAAUUGAAGAUUGCAAAUGUUAUAUUCGGUCGUGGGUUUACUGUGAGCUUUGAACAUUGGUUCUGAUGUGAUGUACUUGUGUGGUUUGGAAUAGUUGUUUUAAUUUGGAAUUGUAAUAAAGAAGGUUAGUAGUAUUUGUGGAAGUUUGGAGGUUAGUAUUUGUAAAUGUUUUGCAUUUGUUUUGGUGUUUAGAUUUCAUUGUAAAUUGUGUUUGUUUUGAUAAUAAAAUUUCUCCUUUAUCCAAACAAAUAGGAAAAAGCUUGUCAAUGGCAUGUGUUGCCUAUAAAAUACUUUUAAUAGGGCAGUUUGUUGUGCUUGGCCAUAUCCUUAGCUAUAUUCGAAAAGUGACUCUCUCAUUGAAUAAAAUGGAUUGUAUUGAAUA